CAUAUGUUGCCAGCAUUUUAUCAGAGUUGUAGUGAAAUGAUAAGCAAAUGGGAGGAGAUUAUUCCAAAGGAAACAUCAUUCGAGCUCGAUGUAUGGCCAGACCUUCAAUUGAUUACCGCUGAAGUCAUUUCUCGAACUGCAUUUGGGAGUAGCUAUGAAGAAGGGAGAAUAGUAUUUGAACUUCAGAAAGAACAAGCUGAGUAUGUAAUCGACAUAAUUCGUUCAGUUUAUAUACCAGGAACAAGGUUCUUGCCUACUAAAAGGAACAAAAGAAUGCUGGAAAUCGAAAAGCAAGUCCAAACAACGAUUAGACAUAUCAUCGACAAAAGAUUGAGGGCAAUGGAAGCAGGGGAGACUAGUAAAACUGACUUAUUAGGCAUAUUACUUGAAUCCAAUAUGAGAGAAAUUGAACAACACAGAAGCAAAGAUUUCGGAAUAACAACAAUUGAAAUGAUUGAAGAAUGCAAGUUAUUCUAUUUUGCUGGACAAGAGACCACUUCAGUGUUGCUCGUGUGGACAAUGAUUUUGUUGAGCCUACAUCCAGAGUGGCAAGCACGUGCCAGAGAGGAGGUGUUGCAGGUCUUCGGAAAUGAAAAACCAAAUUCGGAAGGGCUAAGUCACCUCAAAAUUAUGAUAAUGAUCUUGCACGAGACGUUAAGGCUAUUCCCCUCAGUGCCAACAUAUCGUAGAAGGAACAAACAUGAAGUCAAAUUAGGGGAGCUGAGUUUACCAGCUGGAGUGCUACUCAUUAUACCGACAAUAUUAAUUCAUUAUGACAAGGAAUUAUGGGGUGAAGACGCGAAGGAAUUCAAACCAGAAAGAUUCAGUGAAGGAGUGUCAAAGGCAACAAAAGGACACAUCUCGUUUAUUCCAUUUACCGGGGGACCUCGAGUUUGCAUCGGACAAAACUUUGCAAUGAUGGAAGCAAAAACGGCAAUAGCAAUGAUAUUACAAAAGUUCUCCUUCGAACUCUCUCCGUCUUAUACACAUGCUCCAUUUGUAACAAUUACUAUUCAUCCACAGUAUGGUGCUCCUCUGCUUAUGCGCAAACUUUGAAAUGGAUGUUGCUCAUAUUUAAUACCAAUGGUGUUGUGUUCUCC